AUGCGUAUUCGCCUAGAGCCUCGGAGGAGACCACAAGGCAAGCGACCCCCAGGUAAGCUGAAUAUUGCCUUGGUGUCUUUGCUUGCUCACUAUCUUCAUUUCAGCAGUGAACUAGCUCAACGGCUAGACAACCUUCCAAUCGCAGCCACCGCCGACGCCGCCGUCGCUAACGAGAACUCCUCCGUGUAGAACCGAUGGUGUCACCUGCGGGACACAGUCCAGUCGACGGCGCUAUCCGCCCUCGACCGCGCGCGCUGCCAACACCAGGACUGGCUAUAGGACAACGUCGCGGUCAUCAACAAAAUGCUCGUCGAGAAGAACCGCCUACACAAAGCCUACGUGGACUGUCCCACUGACGAAAACAAAACUGCGCGAUCCAAGCUGUCUACGGUCCGCCGACGAAAGGCACUGCUCCUCUCCUCAGCGCCGAUGGCAAUACCCUCCUGACCGAGAAGUCACAAAUUCUACAGAGGUGGGCGGCGCAUUUCCGAGGCGUCCUCAACCGCCCCUCCGCCAUCUCCGACACCACCAUCGCCCGUUUACCGCAAGUGGAGACCAACGUGGACUUCGACCUCCAGGAAACCAUCAGGGCCGUGCAGCAGCUCUCCAGCGGGAAGGCACCCGGAUCGGAUGUGAUCCCUGCUGAGAUCUACAAGCACGGUGGUCCCCAACUAAUGGAUCACCUGACUGUGCUCUUCCAUGAGAUGUGA